AUGCCGGGCCUGCGCCGGUCCUUCUUCGCCUACGCGGUCAUCGGCGGCCACGACGACGAGAAGAACGUCGUGCGAUCGACGCUCACCUACGACCCGGACGCCGACACGUGGGCGCAGCUCCCGGACAUGGCGGAGGAGCACGAUGAGCCGCGCGGGCUCUGCGUCGCCGCCAGGGGAGGCAGCAGGUUCCUCGUCGUUGGCGGGUACCCGACGCAGGCUCGGGUCGCUAGUUCUUGCAAGUUGCAAAGUGCACCAAAUCUCCAAGUUAGAGAGCAAGCUAUGGACACCAGCCGAGACAGGGGCCUCACCACCGGCGACGAGCUCAUGCAGGCGCAGGCCGAGCUCUGGAACCACGUCUUCGCGUACACCAGAUCCAUGUCCCUCCGAUGCGCCGUCGAGCUGGGCAUCCCCGACGCCGUCAACCGCCUCGGUGGCGCCGCAUCGGUCCCGGAGCUUGUCGCGGCUCUCUCCCUGCCGCUGCCCAGGGCGCCGUAUCUGCGCCGCCUCAUGCGGCUGCUUGCGCACGCCGGGUUCUUCGUCUUUGACGCCGCCGCCGCCAGCUAUGGGCUGACCCCGCUCUCGCGCCUCCUCGUCUCCACGGCCACGCGCGGCGCCGGUGGGCAGGGCGGCCUCUCGCCGUUCGCGCUGGCCAUGCUGCACCCUGUCAUCGUGUCGCCGUCCAUGUCCCUGGCGUCCUGGUUCCGCGCCGCGGACGCCGUCAACGCCGCGGCGCGCGUCCCGUUCGAGUCCGCGCACGGGCGCGACCUCUGGGCGGUGGCGAAGGACGACCGGGAGUUCGGGGCGGCGUUCAACGACGCCAUGGCGUGCGACGGCCGGUUCGUGAUGGACGUGCUCGUGCGCGACCACAGCAACGUGUUCCGGGGCCUCGCUUCGCUGGUCGACGUAGGCGGCGGGUCAGGCGGCGCCGCCAGGGCCAUCGCCACCGCGUUCCCGCACAUCAGGUGCAGCGUCCUGGAGCUGCCGCACGUGGUUGCCGCCGUCCCAACAGGCGAACUCGGCGGCGUGGAGUUCGUCGCCGGGGACAUGUUCGAGCAUGUCCCCAAGGCCGACGCCGUCCUCCUCAAGUGGAUCCUCCAUGGUUGGGACGACGAGAACUGCGUGCGUUUACUGCGGCGGUGCAGGGAGGCGAUCCCUUCGAAGGAGGACGGCGGCAGGGUGAUCGUGAUGGACCUGGUUGUGGGAUCCAGCCCGGCAGACGAGAAGGCCACCGAGACGCAGCUGCUGUGGGACGUGAUGAUGAUGGGGGUGGUGGGGAGCCCCGGGCGGGACGAACGUGAGUGGCGCAAGAUCUUCCAAGACGCAGGCUUCAGCGGCCACAAAAUCGUUGCCGUCCUCGGGAUCCGGUCUGUGAUCGAGGUCUACCCUUGA